GGACUUCUUCUAGCACACGGUUAGUUGCCUGCCCGGAAGACAGAAACACAACCCGCUGAAGAAAUGUGGAGACGCGCUGUGUGGAGGCUGUGAUCCUAGCCGGCACCCAGGAGACUCCCAGAGAGCCACUGCAGCCUCUCCUCUAAACUUCAUCAUGAAAAGGAGGAAGCCCAAACUGAAGUGAGUUUAAAACCUCGUCUCCAACAGCGGGUUGUGGCCCAGCCCUGAGUUGAGCACAAUGAAGAAGAACAACAGAAAGUCAGUUAAUGAGCAAGAUGCCCUUUGUGAUCCAGGAAAUCUUCAAAAUAUGUUGGACAAAGGAGAGUAUGCCCCUUUUGUGUCUCCUCCCAUGUUAGAGAGCAAUUUUAUUCAAGUCAGCAGGAGAGGUGAAUCCAUUUACCUUCAUAACCGAGCCAACUGGGUGACCGUGGGCAUCUGUUCUUCCGGUUCCACCAAGAAGACCCCCAAUGUGAUGCUGCUGGCACAUCUGACACCUGCUGCCCAAAAAGAUACAGAUGGCUCAGAAUCCCUGUUUGAAAGCCUCCUGACAUGUCCUUCGACAGAGAAACUGGUGCUUACCAGGUUUAUCCCUCUGCAGUUUGUGACUCUUUCUGUGCAUGACGCUGAGAAUAUGCGCCUCAAAGUCAAGCUGGUGAGUGGCCGAGCCUACUACCUGCAGCUCUGUGCCCCUGCGGACAAGCAGGACGCCUUAUUUUCUCAGUGGACAGACCUCAUCUCCCUCUUGAAUCAGGAGAAAGCCAAGGCUUGCAAGGUGUCAGAGGUCUCGAGUGUCUCAGAAAUCACCACCAGCACAGGAGUCACAGACUCCGUGGACAUCAUGGACAUUGCGGCAUUCUCCGCUGUGGCGAGCCAACGUGUGUACCCGUAUGCAGAUGUCGUGCACGUUGUGGAGAGCAUAGAUUUCUCCGAACUCACCGUUGUCACUGAUAUCACCGAUGUCACCGAUGUUCCAGAAAAUGAGACCCCCGAUGUCCCUGAGAUAAGAAUUGUAACGGAGGUCACGGAGCUCACAGACCACACUGAGGUCACAAGCUGCUCAGGGGUCAUGGUGGUAUUUGAAAAUGAUGACAUCAUCAAGGCCAAGCAAGAGGAAAAGGAUAAAACAGAAAAUGUUCUGAAGCCUGGGUGUCUGCGUGAUACAAAAAGUAAAAAUGAGUGCAGAGUAUCCCCAAAACGUGUCACCAUCUCAAACAUAACACUGACUUUCCAAGGCGAAAGGUGUUUCCAAACUACUUUGACUCCUCUAGAAAGUGAAGCAAACACAUCCAAAGAAGUGUAUCAUAAAACCUCUUCGGAGAAGAUAGCUGAUUUUAAAAACCGGGUUCUCAAGUCUGUCAGCUCCAGGAAUGUAAGAACUGAUUCAGCCACUUCAGGCUUGUACAGUUUUGCAAUUUUUCCCCUGAUUACCAUUUCUGUCCCCCUUUUCACUCUCCUGUAAAUCACUUUUCCCUUUUCACACUCUCACCCUUACUGUAUUUGACCUCCAAGAAAAACAAAGGUUAGUCUAAUUUUAAUCACCAAAUCCAUUAAACUUAGUCUGAGUGAAAAAUAAGACUGUAAUUCUGCUUUCUAUUCUAGACAGAAGCCAGAAUGAUAACUGCUUCCUCCAACAAUAAAAUUAACCCUUAAUGCUAUUAAGGACAUCUGAUUGAAGUUCACCCAGUUCCAGAAUGAUUCUAGGUGGAGACCAUGUUCUUGACUCCUCUUUCAAACCUCUGAGCCGUUUGUGAGAAUUACUCUUUCUCCUUUCUGCCUCAGGUUUGGAUAAAGUGAUGCUUCGAAUGCAGCAUUUUUAUGACUAGGCUAUGCACUUCAAAGGCAGGAUGUAGGUUAAACUUGUCCCUUGAGAUCUGAGUCCAUCUCUCCUUUCUUGACUUAUUUUAUUUUUUUAUUUUUCUAGGCCAUUUGGUCUUUUGUGAUUUAUUUACACUGAUUCAAAAGAUAGAAUUAUCUACAAUCUUAUAGUAUUUUUUUCCAAAAUGGAAAGAAAUGAGACAAAAGAUAUCCAUGAGAAGAAGGGAAAAUCAUUUAAGAAACAUCAGUUUCCAUCCUACCCUCUGCCCCUUCUUUGUUUUCCACCUAUGACAUAUUGCAGAUGAAAUCCGUUAGAAUCCUAGGAAGCCAGAUCCAUUCCUGCUUGUGAGACCCAAGCUAGUAAGAAAAAGGGAGGGAAGUCCCUACAUAGGAAUGGGUUUGUGAAAUCCAACAGUGAGUUCCAUGGGAAACAACAAAAACAAUUGUUACAAAGUGGUUAGAACAUGAUUUGAAGACCCAAAUUAAGUUCUCUCUCCCUCCAUGCUUUUUUUUUCCUCUUCUGCUUUUGGCUUUUUUCUCUGUCUCAUUCCUUUCUAACUAUCCCUCUUCCGUGUCUCCCCUUUCUUUUUCUUUUUCCCUCUGGGCUUUCUCCUUCACAUAAAAUCUUCUGAUUUCCUCAACCUUGU